UGAACCAAUGGCCCAGGCGCCCCUCUCCAAGGAGGGGUCCCAGUGUGGCUAUGGAGAUUGAGCAGCUGGAGGCUUCUCCCGCAGGGCAGGGUGUUUGAGAAGCUGCCCAGGUGGUAACCUUCCAGGGGUGGGGCCAGGAUGGUCCUGUGGCCUGGGGAAUGUCUCCUGGUGGGCCGCAGCAGGGGUCUAAGGAGCCGUCCAGCUCGUGCCGGGCCCAUGGAGGGCUUGGCUUCGCUGGCACCUGUGCGUGAGGCGGGGAAGGUGCCGCCGCCCUGCGGAUCACCUGUCAGCCUCCAGGGCUGAGCGGGCCACAGAGGGGCCGCCGGAGGCAGAGGCUGUUGACAUGGAGGAGGGAACUAUCCUGAGCCGCGCUGUGAGAGCAGCCACGGGGUUGGGGGAGAGGUCUCUCAUCCUGCCACACAGCUCCGUGUGCUCCUCCCUCCCCCAGACAGGGCGCUCCAGACCCCUCCCUGCCUAAACUCCCAGGCACUUGGGCGCCUUGCCUACCCUGUGUCCAGACCACCCUCCUCCCAAGACAUCAGAUGUAGAGUUUGGGGGCACACCACUGGAGACCACCUCUGGUAGGGAAAGUGGUGGGGCUCAACCUGGCCCCGUGGGGCCCCUGACUCUGCCCUCCAAGCGGCGGCUUCCUUGAAGACUCCCUUGGGGAUACCUGGCUGGCUCAGGACUGCACCACGAGCCAGGUGCGUCCCUGCUUUUGUCUCUAGACGGCUGUGUCAACCCCCUUGGUUAAGGCGAGGCAGGCGGUGUUUCUGGAGCACCAGACACAUCAUCAGAGGCCACAAAGGGCAUCCUGGGUACCCCUUGGUCUCAGCGGGGAUUGUCAACGCUCCGAUGCCAGCCACAAGAUGGUGCGCACCCUGUGUUUACAGGUGAGCACAGAUCCGAGAGAAUCUAAGGUGCUCCCUGGGCCCUGUAAUGGGGCACAACCCAGAGCUGCCCCGUGUGUGGGCCCCGAGGACCUGCGGGUCCCUGCCCACAGCCACCCUUUCUUUGGUGUCCUGUCCCGCUCAUCCCAACAGCUGCGGAGGCCCCUCAUCUGGGUCACACGACCUCUGACCUCCAGCGCUCUGAGCCACCGUCAGGGACUGCCCCCAGGUGACAGCCGAGCCUUUGCGGGGGUUCCCUCCUGCCAGAGGGUGGUCUGCUGCCUGGGAAUCCACGUUUGUAAGCCAAAGUCACGCGUCCGCUUUGUGUCCGAGGGGCAGUGCUCUGUGUCCAGCCCUGUCCCUAAGUGCUGCACCCCAGCACCCCACUGCACGCCAGCAACGGCCCCACUGCCUGGAGACGCCUCUGCCUGGGAUCCCAGUGCGUGUCCAUGCUGGUUCCUUCAUCCUCUGUUUGCCGCUUCCUAUGGUUCCAGUCAGCCCUCCUGUGGCCUCCCCUGCACACCAGCUUCCCCGAGACCCCUCCUCUUUUCUCUCCUCCUGAUAGCUCACCGCUGUGGCUCCUGCCCCCUGCUGAUGGUCCUGUCUGUCCCUUCGGUUCCCGUCUUCACUGCUCUCACCACCCCGCUGUGCAGAGCAGCACCCCACACUCACUGCUCACCUGCAUGGCCCCCAAGGCCUGCUUCCAAAGUGCCCGUCCGGAUGAAUCCUUCUAGGCACCCCCUCCCCCGUUAG